AUGUCUGAAUUGAAAAUUGAUCAUGGCUCUAUGGCCGGGAUUGCCAACUCCGGUCCAAUCUCUAUCUUAUCUUACUGUUGUUCAUCUAUCUUAAUGACUGUUACAAACAAAUUCGUUGUCAAUUUGGAAAAUUUCAACAUGAAUUUUGUUAUGCUAUUUGUUCAAUCUUUAGUUUGUUGUUUGACUUUAGUCGUUUUGAAAGUGUUAGGUUACGCAAAAUUCCGUUCUUUAAAUAAAACUGACGCUAAAAAUUGGUUCCCAAUCUCUGUAUUAUUGGUUUUAAUGAUUUAUACCUCUUCAAAGGCUUUACAAUUCUUAGCUGUUCCAAUUUAUACCAUUUUCAAGAAUUUAACCAUUAUUCUAAUUGCUUAUGGUGAAGUGCUAUUCUUUGGUGGUUCUGUUUCCUCUAUGGAAUUAUCAGCAUUCUUACUAAUGGUUUUAUCUUCUAUCGUUGCCACUUGGGGUGAUCAACAAGCUUUAGCUUCAAAGGCUGCUUCCCAAACUAUUGGUGAAGCUAAUGCAUCUGUGUUUUUAAACCCAGGUUAUUUCUGGAUGUUUACUAACUGUAUCUCAUCUGCAUUAUUUGUCUUGAUUAUGAGAAAGAGAAUUAAGUUAACCAAUUUCAAAGAUUUCGAUACUAUGUUCUACAAUAACAUUUUAGGUCUUCCAAUUCUAUUAGUUGCAUCUUUCUGUUUUGAAGAUUGGUCCUCUGCUAAUCUAGCUGUUAACUUAUCUAAUGAUUCCUUAACCGCUAUGAUUAUUUCAGGUAUGGCUUCUGUUGGUAUUUCUUAUUGUUCAGGUUGGUGUGUUCGUGUCACUUCAUCCACUACUUACUCUAUGGUUGGUGCUUUGAACAAAUUACCAAUUGCUUUAUCUGGUUUAAUAUUCUUUGAUGCUCCAAGAAACUUCUUAUCUAUCUUAUCUAUCUUCAUUGGUUUCUUAUCUGGUAUCGUUUAUGCUGUUGCUAAACAAAGAAAACAAAUCGAACAUAAAGUUCGUAACUAG